UUAAUGUUGUUUGUAUACAUAUAUACCGAUCAUUAUUACGUCAAUAGAGCCCCAUAGCAGCAGUUCUCAUUAGUAUUUCUCUAGACUUAAGUACUAGCUGAUUUUCAGUUUACGUAGUGCGCGCCGCCUGACAACAAUAUCAACAAAAAAUGUUUCAGAUUGUUUAGAAUUAACAAGUGAAACGCACCUGCUCGUUGCAAUAGUGAUUGCAGAAAAAAAAAAGUAGUGAACGCGAGGAUCUUUGAGAAAAUAUAAUUUAUUAAUAGCGAAAAAGUUGAGGGUAAAUGAAUACUUCGCAACUCUUUUUCUCGCUGCAGAUACAUAAAAGUUUCAUCAGCCAAGAACAUUCGUAGCUCAUUUAACUUUUGUUAUUGAACCAGACUGAUCCGCAUAUAAAGCGUCCUCGUUAUUUUUGUAGAUAUUAAAAAAACCGCAACUUCUGAAAUUGUCAAGAUCUACAGUUGUGUUGCAGUUAUCAUUAGGUCACAGUGGCUAGAGUAUAUACAUAUCUAUAUACAAAAAAAACGCGCGCAAGAAAGAAAGAGAGAGACAGAGAGAUAGAGAAAGAUUAAACAAUGAACCACAUAACAUCACCGAAUCGUUCGAAAUCGACACUGGACAUGCUGCGCGCAGCGUCCUUCGAAAGGCGAAAUAACGAACUCAACGUGCAUCAUCAACUCCCACAGCAGACGACCUCUUUCACACUGCGUCGUCCAGCAUUGAAUCAAGAAUUUUCGAAGCAACGAAAACCGUUGAAUCCGGCAGCAGUCCGAUCUGACGACGUGAAUCGCAGGUCCUACGUCGAAGACGAGCAGCUCCGACGCAACUUUGAAAGCAAUUUUGGUAGCCUGAUGGAGUCCACAGCAGGCGGCGAGAACAAAUUGCAACAGCAAGCCCCUAAAGGUUUGUUUUUUAGUCCAAGAUCGAGCAGUUUCGUCCGAAGACUGGUAGCCUCGUUGGAAAAACAAAGGGACUUGAUAAGUCCAAAGUAUAACAAAAACAUCAACUGUAGGCCAUCUGCGACUGCCGACGUACGCGAUACGCGUCAAGUUCAUCCGUCUAAAUUGCCCGUGCCCGUCAACGGCCUAUCGUAUGUCAAUCCCAUCGAUAAGUUCGAUAAUUAUACGGCAACAUUUACCGGAUAUGCAACAACGCAACAACAGAGUGACAAUGAUGCUUACUCAACCUGUUCAGAUGAUUCAAGCUCUGAUUUUUGGGAUAAUACGGAAAAAAACAGUCAUUUAUCAGAUCAACAUCAGCAGCGUGUAGCAAAGAGCGUGAAAAAUGCCGGGACUGUCAAUCGUGCGAAUGACAAAACCCCGACGAAAGCGAAAAAAACAUUCAAGUCGAUGCUGUCGUCGUUAAAACGUUGGAAACCUGGCCAAGGCAAGACGUCGAACUGCAAAAAUUUACCCAAGGGUACGCGUGACUAUUAUGCUACUCGUGAGAGCCUUGGUGACGAGUUGCAUGCUUUCCGUCAGAACACCAUGUCGCGCCUUUACGAGCGUUCCGAUCGCAAGUUUAACAAUCAAAACGAGCAAUUGCCUUUUAUCAAGGAGCAGAAAGAGUUCAAUGAAUUAUUGCAACAGCAAAGGGCACCUAGACAAGAACAACAUCAAGGACUCUUUGAUAAUGUCGCGACUGCUACUGUUAAACCUAUUUACGGACAAAAGAGGAGAUCUAGAAACACAGACGAAGAAUAUGCCAGAAUUGAUGCCUUGGAACGAUUUGAUCAUCAUGAGGUUGCUCCCCCGACAUCCAAGCUCAACGUGCAGGAAAAAGCACCAUCCCCGGUAAAGUACGAGAGUGUGGAAACUCAAUGUCCAUCUCCCAGCGAACAUUUAGUUCGACCGUCGAAAAUUCGUGAUAUGGAAAAACGGCUGUCACGUGAGCUUGAUAUGAAUUUAGUACAAUUGAGGAAGGCAAAUCCGAUGUCUCACUCUGGAUCUCAAAAUGACUACGAUGUUCCAAGGUGCAUCAAAACCAACUCGGCUUCAUUCAAAACAUCGCCUGAUUGGCUGCAGCCGCUUUAUGCAAAUGUCAAUACUAUCGCAAUCGAAGCAACAGACGAUAGGCAACCUGAAAUGAUUGCAAGGCCUCUGUUGAAAUUCACUACAUUUUGAAAAUUUUUAAAUUAAAAUUUUAAAUUAGUAUAGCAAAAGAAUUUUUUGAAAUGAAUAUUUAUAUAAUAGACUUUUAACGUAAGAAAUUCUACGUUUUACGAAAAAAAUAAUUCAAUCUUUGUUGAUGAAAAAAAGGCAACUUAUCUUGCUUGCCAUUUGUUAAAUUAAUUAUUAUCUUAUGAUUUUCCAAUUUGUGGCGUGAGAAUUUGUUACCAGUAUUAUAUGAUAAAAUACUUUUUCAUGUAAAUUAAAAAUUUUUUUUCAUUUUCUUAGUUGAAACUUAUUCCAUUUGUAUUUUUGACAAAGUUCCAUCAUUGAUUGUAAUAAAUGUUGUAUUUUGUAUUAAGUGUUAUCUUUAUAAAAUAAUUUGUGUACUUAUUAAUAGCAAUGUAAAUGUCGAUUGGCUACAAGUUAUUUAAAAUUAACUGUAAAAUACCAGGGUUCACAAAUAAAACCAUUCAAUAUUUUAUA